CGGUGCUAGUGAAGAUGAUAGUGCUCCUCGUCUUCGUGCUCCUCUUCGCUGAAUCUUUUGGAUCGUGUGUGGAUGAUGAGGUGAUUGGUAUCCAUCUCGGAACCACUUAUUCGUCGGUGGCCGUGUACAAGAAUGGUCAGGUCGAGAUGAUACCGAAUGACAGAGGCAGUAAGAUCACACCCUGAUGAUGGCAAGUGCUUGGUUGGAGAGGAGGCAAGGAACUUAGCCCCCUUCAACCCAGAGCGUACGGUGUUUGAUGUAAAGCUGCUCAUGGGAAGAAAAUUUGAUGAUGCUAUGGUUCAGAGCAGAAUUGAUUUCUUACCCUUCAAGGUUGUCAACAAAAAUGGAAAGGCUUGUGUUGAGUUGAAGAUAAGAGGUGCAACGCAUGUGUUUACCCCUGAAGAGAUUAGUGCUAGAAUAUUAAUUAAGAUGAAAGAAUCAGCUCAAUCUUAUUUGGGGAAGAAGAUUCAUUUCGCUGUCAUAGCCGUUCCAGCUCACUUUACCCAAUCCCAAAGGUUGGCUACAUUGGAUGCAGCCACCAUUGCAGGCCUCAAUGUGGCUCGGCUAAUCAAUGAGCCUACUGCUGCAGCUAUUGCCUUCAGUAUGGCAAAGAGAGGAGAAAGCAUUUUUGUAUUUGACAUGGGUGGCGGUUCAUAUCUUCUUAGCACGUUAACCACUAAUGAUGGCAUUGCUGAGUUAAAGCAUAGUGGAGGUACUCAAGUGCUUGGACACUUGGCGGAUAGGCUAAAUGAUCAUUUCAUCAGUUUGAUCAAGAGGAUAUACAAGAAGGAUGUAAAAAAAUCAAAGAAGCUUGUGAGGAAGCUUUUAAUGCAGUGUGAGCAGGCUCAAAAAGCCUUGAGAACCCAGCCCCAAGUGCAUUUGGACAUUAAAUCCAUUAUUGAUGACCUCCUAUUUGUUGAUGGCUCUCCUCUCAGCCUUGGCAUCGAUCAAAAUGGUAUAAUGGCAGCGUUUAUUCCAAAGAACACCCGUAUCCCGACAAAGAUGCUUAUGCUUGUUGAAUUUGACACAUGGAAGGAUGGCAAUAGGACUUUGGAGGUCUAUGCCGGUGCACGACCAUUGACAAAGGAUUGCAUUGCAAUUGGAGUGAUUCAUCUAAAACGUGUAACUACUAGACCAUCAUGGGAACCUCCCAAAGCAAGUGUUACAUUUAGAGUUGAUGCCAUUGGCAUCUUAAAUGUGAAAGUAAAGGCAGAGGACACCAUGGAAUCUGCCUCCAUAAUGAUUGACAUCAGGGCACAUUUCAGCUUGGAAAAGGUUGACAAGAUGGUGAAGGAGGCCCAGGAAUUCGCAGAAGAGGACGACAAAUUGUUGAGGAAUGCAGUUGCAAAGAAUGAAUUUCUCACCUACUUGUCACGAAAGCGGUGGCGUUGGUUUCAUCAGAAAAAGUACCGAGUUGAGAUGGACUCCAUUGACCAAAGGGUGAUUUUUACCACAAUAAAGGAGACUGUAGAAUGGUUAGUAGAUAAUGAAGAUGCAGAGGCAGAUGACUUUGAUGCCAAGAUGAAGGAAGUGAAAGAGGUACUGGAUCCAAUCAAGGUUCACUAUUCCCCUACAACUUCUAGUCAAUCCCAUAGUGAGUUGUAAUUCGUUUGAAGAUGGGAUCUAUAGAAUCAUAUGAGUAGGAUGUAUUUGAUUAAAAGAGUAUAGUGAGAACUAA